ACUAGUUGUUAAGAUGAGUGCCCUUCUACGUCAUUCUCUUUUCGAUAGCGAAUUUAAGAAACUAUUAAAAGAGGAAUUUAAAGAAGAAUAUGAAAAGUGUACUGUUGAUUGUGAUAUGCAUGGUAAAACAGUUCUUGUAACUGAUGGAUGCGAUGUUAUCGGUAAGGAAUGUAUCAAAAAAUUUUUAUAUUCUGGUGCAAGGGUAGUUAUGGGUUGUGAAGUUUGGGAUAGAGGAGUGGAAGCUCUCGACAAAAUUGAAAAAGAAACAGGCAUUAUAAAUCACCUAGAGAUCAUGGAAUUAAGUUUUAUGUCGUUUAAAAGUGUUCGUGAAUUUGCAAAUCAAUUUAAUAAUAAUUUCGGUAUAACAUCAUACUGUUGUCAUGUCGGGCCUAUUGAAUCAAAUUUUCACAAGAACUCGCUAUUUUAUAAAAAAAUUAUGGAUAUGCUAGGAAUUCUAUCGUCAAAGAAAAAAUUCAAAACAGCUGAACAAGCCGCACAAGUGCCUCUGUUUUGCUGUUUAUCACCAUUAAUAAAAUCUUUCAGUGGCAGAUUCUUUCGGGAAUUUGAAGUGAUGACACCGCCAAAAUUAGUUGAAAAUGAAACUAGCAGUAAAAAGUUUUUAGAAGCAACGAAAAGGCUAGUUGGAGCUUGA